AUGACGGUCGGCCAGCGGAUCGCGUUUGAUGAAGGGAUGAUUCCCAUGAGAAGUAAGUAUAACCCCAUGCGCCAGUACCUGCGUGGAAAGCCACACCCUUGGGGAACCAAGUGUUUCCUGAAGUGUGAUGCUGACAGCGGCUACUGCUACAGGGCGGAAAUUUACCAAGGUCGACUGAACAGUGAUAGUGCUGACCUGAAUCAAGGCCCAAACGCUGUACUUCGCAACAUUGAAGAAGUCCUCGAUGGGCUCCCGAAGCGACGACUUAUUAUUACAAACAGAUUCUACUCCAGCGUACUGCUCUCCUCCAUUCUCCUGCAACGUGGCCUAUAUCAUGUCUGUACGAUCCAGACCAACAGACGUGGUUACUGCAAGUCCUUACAAGCUAGCGAAGCGGCCGAAGUCCAUUGUGCGAGGGUCGUACCGAAUCGCUCGGUCCAAGGCAGAAUCCAGCAUAAUAGCCGUGUCCUGGAUGGACAACCGGCCAGUGCACUUCAUCGCAACCGGCUGCAGUAA